CGACGAGGCCGGACCGGACCUUUCCUUUCCUACCUAGGUCCGGUUCCUGCCAGGCACAAGGAACCGCUCGACGACCUGAUGAUGGUGGAUGACGAUGAGGGGGUUCACAUGGAAAGUUUCCGCGUGUUGUCUUGACGGCAACACCACAGAAACUUGGAAGAGAUGGAUGGGCCUGGCCAACCGGUGCCUGUCGACAUUGAGUCCAGUUGGAGGCCAAGGGGAGGAUAAAAGGAGCUUCAAGUCCUCCCCUUCCGAGAUGUUGUAGUCUAGCUCAUCAGACAAGCAAACAACACUCCCUCCCUCCUCUCCUUUUGCGCCAUACACUACUACUAGUCUGCGGCAUCUUCAUUCAUUCAUUCGUUCAUUCGUUAUGAUGUUCUCCAUCAAGGCAGCCGCACUGGCUGUCCUUUCCUUCUCUUCAUGCCUUGUGGAUGCUGCGCCUGCGCCCAUCUACACCAACAUGACUGACACCAACGUGACUGAUCGUGCAGACAGUAGCGGAUAUAAGAACGUUGUGUACUUUACCAACUGGGGCAUCUACGGCCGCAACUACCAGGCAGCCGACCUUCCAGCCGACAAAAUCACCCAUGUCCUAUACUCAUUCGCCAACCUCAAAGAAGAUGGAACUGUUUUUUCUUCAGACACCUGGUCUGACACGGAUAAGCGCUAUCCCACUGACUCCUGGAACGACAACGGCACCAACGUCUACGGCUGCGUCAAACAACUCUACCUCCUCAAAAAAGCCAACCGCAACAUCCGCGUCCUCCUCUCCAUCGGCGGCUGGACCUACUCCCAGACCUCUCCCAGCCGCUUCGCGCUGACCGCCUCCACCGCCGAAUCCCGCACCAAGUUCGCCACUUCGGCCCUGACCCUCGUCAAAGACUGGGGUUUCGACGGCAUCGACAUCGACUGGGAAUACCCCGCCUCCGAAACCGAAGCCCAAAACUUUUUGCUUUUGCUUAAGGAAAUCCGCUCGCAGAUGGACAAGUACGCGGCCGCGCACGCCGACGGGUACCACUUCCUGUUGACCAUGGCUGCCUCGGCGGGACCCUCCAAGUACGGCGUCUUGGAAUCCUCGAUGAAAGAAAUCGGCGAGACGCUCGACUUCAUGAACCUCAUGGCCUACGACUACGCGGGCGCUUGGGAUAAAAAGGCCGGUCACCAGGCUAACUUGUACCCGGACGAGAAGAACCCUGACACGACGCCCUUCUCGACGGAUAGGGCCGUCACGGACUACAUCAAGUUCGGUAUCCCUUCCAACAAGAUCGUUCUCGGCAUGCCGCUGUACGGCCGCGCGUUCGCGUCGACUGAUGGACCGGGCACCGCCUACUCGGGCGUCGGAGAGGGGUCGUGGGAGAAGGGUAUUUGGGAUUACAAGGUGUUGCCGAAGAGUGGAGCCAAGGUGUUUUUGGAUGAAAAGGUGGGCGCCAGCUGGAGUUAUGAUGAGGCGAACAAGGUCAUGGUCAGCUAUGAUACGCCCGAGAUGGUCAAGCAGAAGGUGAGCUACAUCAAGGAGAAGGGGUUGGGCGGUGCCAUGUACUGGGAGGCGUCGGGCGAUCGGACGGAUAAGGACAGCUUGAUGACGGUUGUGAAGGAUGGACUGGGCACUUUGGACAGCGAGAAGAACUUGUUGGAGUAUCCUGACAGUCAGUAUGAUAACAUGAAGAAGGGCAUGGCGUCGUGAGUG